UGAUGAAUCUAUCGAACCGUUUCAGCUCCAAGUCCAAGACGGAGAGCGCCAACGAUUCUUCUUUCUCCAACGGCGACGAUGAGAAUCGUUCUUCCUCCGCAGCUCCCGUCGUAAUGCCACCGUGCUCCUCCGCCAAUGUACUCCGAGCCGUUCUUUUACUUUCCGUCGUCUUCUUUUGCUUCGUCCUCUACAGAACCUCUGUUUCACUCAACAACGUCGCCCAUGGCUCUUCCUCUUCGAUGCUCUCUCGCAUUUCUCCCUCUCUCAAUGAUUCUUCUUCUUCGGCUCCGCCUCCGGAGGAAGUUAAGGAACCUAAGCUAGAAGAUGUUUUGCGUAGAGCUGCAACGAAAGAUCGUACAGUGAUAUUGACAACUUUGAAUGAAGCAUGGGCAGCUCCAGGAUCUGUGAUAGAUCUCUUCUUUGAGAGUUUCAGAAUCGGUAAAGGAACAAAGAAGCUUUUGAAACACUUGGUGAUCAUUGCAUUGGAUGCUAAAGCGUAUUCACGUUGCAAAGAGUUCCAUAAGCAUUGUUUCAGACUUGAAACAGAAGGUGUUGAUUUCUCUGGUGGCGAGGCUUACUUCAUGACUCGCUCUUACUUGAGAAUGAUGUGGAGAAGAAUCGAUUUCCUUCGUACUGUUCUUGAGAUGGGUUACAACUUUGUUUUCACGGAUGCUGAUGUGAUGUGGUUCAGGAACCCUUUUCCACGGUUUUACAAAGAUGCUGAUUUCCAGAUUGCUUGUGACCAUUACAUAGGAAAGGCGAACGAUCUAAGGAAUAGACCAAAUGGAGGAUUUAACUUUGUGAGAUCAAGUAACCGAACGAUACGAUUCUACAAGUACUGGUAUGAUUCAAGGAUCAAGUACCCUAAAUACCACGACCAGAAUGUUCUGAACUUCAUCAAGGCAGAUUCUUUCAUCUGGAAAAUCAGGCUUAGGAUUAGGUUCUUGAACACAGCUUAUUUCGGUGGAUUCUGUGAACCAAGCAAAGAUUUGAAUCUUGUUUGUACAAUGCAUGCGAAUUGCUGCUUUGGCUUGGAGAGUAAGCUUCAUGAUCUUAGAAUCAUGCUUCAGGACUGGAGAGAUUACAUGUCUUUACCACUUCAUCUUAACCAAUCCUCUGGUUUCACCUGGAACGUCCCACAGAAUUGCAGUCUUGAUUCACUUCGUUUGAUUGAUUCUAAGGAUGAAGAAGAGAGCAGAUCACCAAAAGAAUCUAAACAGUGAAGUGUGUGUGUCUUACAAUGUAUAUAGAGAAACUGUUUUGAGAUUUUAUUUUGCUUUCACACGAAUGAAAAUAGAAAUAUAGAAGAUAAGGUCUGUAAAAUGACCAAUCAUUCUUAAAGACAAAAUACAUAACACAAUUGGUUUGCCCAUUGUCCCAAAGAACUCUUUCUCCUCUCUAAUU